AUGGCUCCUAGUGCUAUCGACCCUUCGAUCAAAGAUGUGGUUCAACCACAAAAAGAUAGUCUGGGUCUUCCCAAAGAGACGCGAGCUCGUCUUGAGAGGGCCAAUGUCGACCUCUCGAAUGGCUACCCUUACCGUCCAGCUCGUCCACUCUAUCUUCAGGAUGCCUACAACAUCAGAAACGAGCCAUGGAAGCACGAUGAUGCAGGAGCCAGAGCAAAGAAGGUCGACCCUACCAAGAAAGCUCUCUUCGAAGCUGCAAGCAAAGUCGAAGAUCUCACGGCUCACAUCGGUACCGAAAUCCACGGUCUGCAGUUGAAGGACUUGACUUCUCAGCAGAGAGAUGAAUUGGCGCUCUUGAUCGCAGAGAGAAGCAUUGUCUUUUUCCGUGAUCAGGAUCUUUCUCCUCAGCAACAGAAAGAGCUUGGCGAGCAUUACGGAAAGAUCGAGGUCCACGUGAUACCUCAGGUGCCUGGUGUUGAGGGCGUUACUGUGAUCUGGCCUGCUCUACAAGCGACCGAGAAAGCAGCCAACUUCAGAAACCCCGGCGGUGCUUCUCGCUGGCAUACCGAUCUCGUCCAUGAACGUCAGCCAGCGGGCAUUACACAUCUCCACAACGACGUCGUCCCCCCUGUGGGUGGAGACACUUUGUGGGCUUCAGGCUAUGCUGCUUACGAGAAGCUCAGCCCAGGCUUCCGCAAGAUCAUUGAUGGCAAGAAGGCCUACUUCAAGUCAGCACAUAGCUACUUGGACCGCAACAAUCCCAAUGCUGGUCCCAAGCAUAUCGAACGUGUCCAUCCAAUCGUUCGCGUUCACCCCGCUACUGGCUGGAAGUCGCUGUUCGUGAACAGAGCUUUCACGACGAAGAUCGUCGGCCUUGACAAGGCUGAGAGCGAUGUCAUCUUGAACUACCUGUUCGAUGUUUACGAAAGGAACGUCGACAUCCAGCUCCGCUUCAAGUGGACCCCGAGGACCAGCGCGCUGUGGGACAACCGCAUUACAAUCCACAACGCUUCAUGGGAUUACGAAGGUGGUCAUCCCCGACACGGAACCAGAGUAACUGCACUGGCCGAGGAGCCCUACUUCGAGGCGGACGCACCAACGAGAAGACAGGCGCUCGGUCUUGAUGCUGAGGAUGAGACGGUGGAGAAUCUGUCUGGUGGGUACUGA